GAGAUCUUCAGACUUUGGCAGCUUGGCCUAUCCAUCUCACUUGAAACAUCUCUCCAACUACAGCACUUACAACCAUGACUUCCAACAUCAUCCGAACAUCAUCUUCCUAUCCUCUGGGCAGCAAGGUUCCUGGAGUAACAAACAUCGUCUCUUCCAUUGAUGUUGGUGGCAGACCUGGGGCAGAUGUCAAAGCUGCUUCCAUGUGCUUUUCUGCAGCUAUGGCUCACAACAACCGAGUCAGGGUUGGAACGACCUCUCUGGGCCGACCCAGCCUCUGUCUGCCAAACAGCUGCCAGUCAGCCUGCCCCUUACCUGGGACACUAAACAUCCCUGCCAACAUUGGGAACUGUGGAAAUUAUGGUGAAGGCUUCUUGAAUGGUCAUGAGAAGGAGACCAUGCAGUUUCUGAAUGACCGCCUGGCCAACUACCUGGAGAAGGUGCGUCAGUUGGAGCAAGAGAAUGCAGAGCUGGAGACCAAGAUUCAAGAGUGGAGCAAGUGCCAUGCUUCCUAUGUGUGCCCAGAUUACCAGUCCUAUUUCAGGACAAUCGAGGAACUACAACAAAAGAUUCUUUGUACCAAGGCUGAGAAUACCCGACUGGUUAUACAAGUGGACAAUGCCAAACUGGCUGCUGAUGAUUUUAGAAUCAAGUAUGAGAGUGAACUGUCCCUGCGCAAGCUGGUGGAGGCUGACAUGUGUGGGAUGAACAAGCUCAUGGAUGGGUUAACCCUAGCCAAGUGUGACCUGGAAGCCCAGGUUGAGUCCCUGAAGGAAGAGCAAUUUUCUCUCAAGAGCAACCAUGAGCAGGAGGUCCACAACCUACAGUGCCAGCUGGGAGACAAGCUCCACAUUGAGCUGGACUCAGCCCCACCUGUGGACCUCAACCGAGUGCUGGGUGAGAUGAGGUGCCAGUAUGAGGCCAUGGUGGAGACCAACCGCAACGAUGUGGAGCAGUGGUUCCUUGCUCAGAGUGAGGGUAUCAGCCUGCAAGAGAUGUCCUGUUCAGAGGAGCUACAGUGCUGCCAAUCUGAGCUCUUGGAACUAAGAUGUGCGGUGAAUGCUCUGGAAAUUGAACGCCAAGCUCAGCAUAAAAUGAAAGACUGUUUGGAAAACUCCUUGUGUGAAUCUGAGACUCGCUACAGCACUGAGCUGGCCCAGAUGCAGUAUCUGAUCAGUAAUGUGGAGGAGCAGCUGGCUGAGAUCCGGGCUGACCUGGAGAGGCAGAACCAUGAGUACCAGGUGCUUCUGGAUGUCAAAGCCCGGCUGGAGUGUGAGAUCUCCACCUACCGAAAUCUGCUGGAGAGUGAGGACUGCAAACUCCCUUGCAAUCCAUGUGCAACACCUGCAAACUGUGCCCCACCACCCUGUGCUCCUCGGCCCAGCUGUGCACCUAGAACAACCUGCAUCCCUUCUCGCUCAGCCUGUGGCACCAACUUGUCUAAUCGAUUCUGAAAAAUAUGCCCUCACUGGAAAGGUCUAAGGCUGGAAGCCCCUUGGUCAAGGCUGUCUUCAUCUUGCUCACCUGAAUUUCCUUUAAAACGCUCAAAGCCAUCUGCAUCUCAUAAAGAAGAUCAAGUUGGUAGCUGAAAAGGGGCAUAUACUUCAUCUGCUGGAAAAAUCUGUCAUUUAUUGCCAUUUUCCCUAUUGCUUGUGCAGGAAUGUCUCUUAUUAAAUGUUUAUUCUGCUUUGCUGCCUCAAUAUCUUUUGAAAUGCACUCAUUAACUUGCAAAUAAACUUGAUUU